AAAGCUCCACCUACUUUAUGUACCGUCCUAAGGUGUCCUGUGCAUGUGCGCGUUUUAGAUAUACUGUUUGGCGUGUUUUAUCUGAGUUACGUGGAUGGUAGGCUUUCAUUCUUGCUUAAGAGAUGGCUUCCAAAUGUCAUCAAGCGAGGGAAGAUGAUUCACAAAGAGAAAAUACACUUAAAGAAGAAUUAAAUAAAACGAUAAAAGAACAGAAGAUUGUGGUCGACGAACUGUCAAAUCUGAAGAAAAACAGGAGAGUUUACGUGCAGCAGUCCAAUAGCAACAUUUUCUUUUUGGCUGAGAAAGGAGAGGCCCUCAGUGCCUGCAAAAAGUCACUGGACAGAAUGAAAAAGGAUUACCAAGACAUGUAGAACUAAAACACAAUUUAACAGGAUGUGUGGAAUCUGCUGUGCGGUGAGUGCAUCCUCCUCGUGUUCACCCUUGGAGACGCGCGUGUAUGAAAACUUGAGAA